AUGAGAGCCAUGCCAAAACUGAGACAUGUGGCUUUCAAUUUGACUGAUUUUGGGGCAGUGGGUGAUGGAGAUACUUUGAACACUGAGGCCUUCGAGAAGGCUGUGUUGGCUAUUACCAAGCUGGGCAAAAAAGGCGGUGGUGAACCUGCCCUUUAA